AUGGACAAUCCAGCAAGGUCUUCUUCUUCUUCUUCUGGUUUGAUGACGUCUCGUAAGCCUUUAGCAACGCGCGUAUUGUCGGUAGAUUCGUAUUGGCAAGUACUAAGAAAGCUAAAGGGACGAUCUCCAAAAGAAAUUCUGGUACCCCUUUGGCCGGGCGAAAGUUUGCAGCAGUACGAGCGUGAAUUCCGACGCUGGUUGGCUGCCGAUCGACUCUCAAUAACGGAUUUACGUAAAGACCCAACAGUUAAACGAAAGUAUCGAUUGCAAUUUGCCGAGACACGAGUGGGUCGAUCUCGUAGUCAUUCACAGACAAUGACGUGUCAUUCGAGAUGGCAAUCACGGUCACGGUCUCCUAAACGCUCGGAUAAUAAUCUGCAGCAACGACACCAUGCAUCUAGUAGAGAGGAAAGGAUGCAGUCGUAUGGAAGACGUUCUUCGAUUGAUAGUGGACGCAUGGUAAUAGGCCUAGAGUUAACAGACAGACUGCGUCACGACCGAAGUUAUGUACGAUGGCAUUCGCAAACAGAUCGAUACCCUGAUGCAGAUGAACCUCCUCGACCGUAUAGUAACUGGCAAGCACCGCACGGUGAUAAUUUUCGUUAUUGUCAAGAUGAUCGAGUGUCGCCGCCGCAUGAUGUUCAUCGUCGAUAUGAUAAUGAUACCCAGCGCUGGAAACAUUCGCGAUCGAGGUCACCACAGUAUGAUGUCAGAGUCGCGUCACCUCCCCACGGACGAGAUGAAUAA